CCAUAUCCAUUAUCCACAAUCUAUCUUUCAUGUAAUCCUCUCAUCAUCCUCUACCAUUCCUUCUCAUGUUUCAAUGCCUACAUUCCGUUACUCUGCACUUCUCACCUUCCUCUCCUUAAACCUUUCUCGGGUCAUCUAAUCUGAACCCUUGAACAUGUAGCAAAUCACUGCCGUCAUACAUAUCCUGGAAAAUACUACAAUUGCUUAGUAUCCUUGCAUCCUUACAUCCUUACAGCUCGGUAGGGUUUAUACUAGCUUUGAGCUCGUCACCUCCCGUAUCAUUAGCAUCGGACUUCAUUGUGGGCCACAAAUGGCUUUCUAUACCAUGAGAGUCACUCAAUGGCAUCUAAUAAUUCCAAUGGAAUCAAAGAAUUGGCUUUGCAUCAGGCUGAGGUAUCCUCCCGUUAGCCAGCCACGUCGAGGCUCAAAGUGGAUGAUCAAUGUCCAGAGUGAACGUUUGCUCUAGUUAGCCAUGAUUUGAAAAGCUUCAUAAACGGUCGGGAUGGCUUCAUAUCUCCAAGACAUCAACGGCACAGUCUUUCAUUCAGUUCCUCAUUGUCACGUCUCCACUUCCUUCACAUUAGCAAGUCGUCCUAGUGUUCAUUCUCCCGUUUUUUGGCGUCACACAUUCUCAAACACACCGAACUACAUACACAAUGGCGGACGGAUGUAAGUUGAUUGAUGUUCCUACUAUGCAAGACCAAUACUUGUUCUCGUCCCUACAGUGCAUUCGGGACGGGUGAUACUCAAUUAACUUUGUAACUAACACAACGUCUAGUAAAUGAUCAAAGAACUGCUCGGGUAGCAGAUCUUCUCUCUGAUUUCCGCACUCUUCAAUACUACAUCGCUGCUGCUCCCACCGACCCGUUAAAUAUGGAUGACUACUACACUGAAGGAUAUGCCGCCCUUCGUCAAUGCUCCCUAGAUGGUCAGCAUAUCCUAAACUGUGCCGCCGAAACUCGAGUCCCACGAGUUCGAGGUGGUGCAGAUGAGCAAGCUAAAGCGGAAUUGCAACAGUACGUCUCUUCUUACCCACAGAUUCAUUUCACGAGACUUGCAAUUGGCUCUUGCGUGAUUUUCUAUGCUAAUAGUAAGAAGGGUACACCUUGACGCUUUUUCUCGCCGUCACGAAGCCCAGAAGAUCUACCUCCGCCAAGGUGCAGCACAGCGCUGGAUCGCUUACAGAGAUCAAGUAUUGCAGGGCCAGAGACCUCAUAGUGGGCACACGGAUCAAUUGAACGCAUGCGAUGCGCAACUCCGGGCUGUAAGUCAAAGGUCUUUUAUUAUUCACUCCGAGUUCGAGGCGUUACCCAAUUCCGGAUCUUGUGCGCGCGAGCAAGGAUCCUGCCAACUUUCGAUCUUUCAAUACUAUUGAUUUUAAACGUACUGAUUUGGGAAAUAGGAACUGGUAUCUAUCACGGAUGAGGCCAUAUACUCGGAUCUGAGAUCGUCUGAUUACGGAAUGGGGCGCUGGACGCAAGAAGAUCCGAGCUUGAGACAGGUUCAGAGAUGGGUUCGGGCUAGACGUUAAGCUGUCAGUGUCAGUGUUCGGAAUCGGAGCACGUGGACACGGAUAUGUGACUACCGAGGUUCAAGUCUGGUGUGUAAGAGAGGCUGACCGGGCGGAUAAAAAUGAGUGGAGGUCUGUAACACUAUUGUAUGGAUGUUUUGAAUGUGGUCGUCGAUUGGGAGAUGGGAUGGGAUGGGUAAUGUUUGAUGACUCGAUCAAACUAGGAUUGUUUGGGACGAUUGGACUUGGCAUGCCAUGGUUCGGAAUUUCCUUACACAUAAAAUGGGCUGGCGGUGGCAUGGGGUGGCGCACAGUUGGUUUUUCC